AUGGCGACGGUACCAUCAUCCCAGCUCGAUGUCGAGCACCAAACCGCGGAUCACGACCUGAAAAUCGACUCGUCCGAUUCCACGGACGAAUCGUUUAUUAGCGAUUACAAACGCACCAUCCAAUCCUCGCCUAUUCUCCGCCAGCUCGACGUCGUGGCCUCGAAACUGUCCGUGUUUCGCAUCGAAUCCAUCUCGAUCCGACCGCUCAUGCUCUCGGAACGAAUCGGUCGCGAUUGGUGGAGCGUCAGCUUGAUUUGGUUCUCGUGCAACGUCAACGUCCUCUCCUUUUCCGCUGGAACGCUCGUCUCGUUGCUCGAGAUGGAUAUGAAAUCGGCCAUGUUGACAACCCUCUUUGUCGGUGGCUUUUGCUGCAUCUUCCCUGCCUACUUCACCCUCUUCGGUCCGAAACUGGGCAUGAGGCAGAUGAUCCACUGCAGGUAUUCGUUCGGAUACUUUGGUGCGAGCUUGAUCAGCUUGCUCAAUUUGGCGACCAUGCUGGGCUACUGCAUCCUCAAUUCGAUCGUGGGUGGGCAGACGUUGUCAGCCGUUAGCGCCAGAGGCGAUGGCACUUCGACCUUGACUCCGGAUGUGGGGAUCGUGGUGGCAGCCUGCAUCGCCCUCGUCGUCUCGUUCAGCGGUAUCCGGGUGUUGCACUACUUUGAACGUUUCUUCUGGGUCCCCACCUUGAUCUGCUUCGUCAUCCUCAUCGGUAAGGCCGGUACAGGUCCACAGGCCCUGCAUGUCGCUUCCAAUCAACCCACCGCUACUGCUUCGUCGGUCUUGGGCUUCGCCGCCAUCAUCGCUGGCUUCAUCCUUUCCUACUCGGCGCUCGUCUCGGACGUCUCGCACUAUCUACGACCAGAUGUUUCGCCACACAAACUGUUUUGGUCGGUCUACUUUGGCUUCUUCCUUUCGUGCGUACCGUUCAUCAUGAUCGGUGCGGCAUUUGCUUGUUCAUCGUACGACAACCCGGUGUGGUCGGACGCUUUGUCCGUCUCCUCGGGUCAGUUCUUCCAACUCAUCCUCGCUGGCUCGUUGGGCAACUUCGGUCGCUUCCUCGUCGUCUUGCUUGCUCUGUCGGUGUGUGGAAACAUUUCGGCUACCAUCUACAGCAUUGGUCUCAACUUUCAAACCUUGCUACCGUUCCUUGGACCCGUCCCACGAUUCGUAUGGCCGCUCUUUGCAUUCGCCAUCUUUCUUCCCCUGGCCAUUGUUGGCCAUAGCAAGUUCUACGAGACUCUGACGGAUUUCACGAGCGUCCUUGGUUACUGGGCAAGUCUAUACGUGGGUGUGGUCACCGCUGACCACGUCAUUUUCAGAAAGAGAGAUUACACGAGCUACAAUGCUAGACAUUGGAAUCGGUGGGGACAGCUGCCGCCUGGCUUGGCUGCUCUAGCCGCCUGCUGUAUCUCGUUAGCUGUCGUCGUACCGAGUAUUGACCAAGCCUGGUUCCAGGGCCCCAUCGCCAAGCGGAGUGGUGAUUUGGGUUUCGAAACCGGUUUGGUGGCAAGCAUCGUACUGUACGUCCCACUCAGGAUGCUGGAGAACAAGGUGUUUGGAAGGUAG